UGCCUGCUCAUGAACCUUACAUGGGGGCUGCUAUCCUUGAAAGUGCACUAGUUUUGUUGCUGCCAUUUUCUUUGAAACUUACCGGUACUACCAUUUAAAAUGAAACCCUUAGAGUAUACAUGGCGCCCCCAUUAAGGAAUGUAGCAAGGUUGAGACAGUAGCACUAUCUCCUGUACAUGUAGAAGUAGCAGUGCAGAUACAUGUUGUAUCUGUUCUAUCAUUCCUCUAUCAUCAGUCUCACACAGCUUUCUUUUUCUUUGUAAAUCACAGAGAUGGAAGACGAAGAGGCAGUAGCACAAACAUACAGUCCAAAAGAUACAGAGGAAAACACUGACAGCUUGUGUGAUGUAGAUGACUGUGGCGAUGUGCUCAAGAACAGAUCAGACCAACAUGGCAGCAACAACUACACUACAAAAAAUCAUAUCAAGUCAUAUGAGAUGGAGGAUCAGAAUGGUUUGGAAUCAGAAAAUAUAGGAAAGACGGAUGUUGAUGAUUUUACAGUAGACCACAGUUUAGAAGGGGACAGUCAUAGCCCACCAAAAGUAGAGGAAGGUGAAGAAUUGUCUGAGACUGAAGCCACAAAUGUGAAGUACUACUGCAACCAGCCUGAGUGUGGCUACAAAACGUUCAAAAGUCGGACAGGGUGGACGUUACACAUGAGGGAGCACAAGAGUGACUACAAGUUCCGCUGCGAACAUUGCGACUUUGGCUGUUUUACAGAGAGGAGACUCAAGGAGCACACGGCUUGCAAGCACACCGGAACCCCCGUCUGUUUCUGUAGCGUCUGUAAAAAGGGUUUUGUCACAUUCACAGGUCUGCGUCAUCACGAAUCUCUCCAUAAAAAUGACCUGUACCCUUGUGAUUACUGUGACAAGGUCUACAAGAAUAAAAAAGACAAAGAGAAGCACAAGAGGACUCACCAGUUGAGCUUUGCCUGCAAAGUUUGCUCGGCUACCUUUGUUUGGAAACACCACGCAGUGACACAUCUUAAAACGGUACAUAAAAUGUUAGCAAAGGAGGUGAAGUCAGAGUGGGACAAAUAUAUGGAGGAAGUAACUAAAGAAGUCCCUAGAAUAGUCAGAAAGCCAAGUUCUAGCAAAGGUGAAGGUCAACCUGUUAAAAGGUCAAGGGUUAAUAGCAAGGGGAAUGCUGGGAUGGACAAAGAGGCUUUGAAUAAUGUAGUUAAGGAAAAAGGACGUAAAAGUUUACGGCUUCAAAGAAAACAAGCUUCAAGUAAGAAAUCAAAGGAGAGAACAUGUAGCACAGAGAAUAGUCCUUCACUACAUGAACCAGAUGAUGACAAGAAAAUGCAAAUAGAUGAUAACUUAUGUAGUGUCAGUACAUUAGAUGGAGCUUGUUUGGAUGCUGCCACUCCUGAUGUUUUAGACAUAGGAAGUCAACUAAAGAAGGAGACCAGGUACGAGUGUAACGUACAGGGGUGUGGGAAGACGUUCAAAGCAAAGAAAGUGUUCAAACUCCACAUGAAAGCACACAACGAGUGCAAUGACGCCACCAUGCAACAGAUUGAAAACAUGGACAAAGAUGGCAAAGACAACGAGGGCAAGAUGUCCUGUCCAGUAGAAGGGUGUGGGAAGAAGUUUAAGAAUAGAAAAGUGUUCAAGUUGCACAUGCAGGGCCAUAACGAUAACUAUCCCUUCAGGUGCGAGAUUUGUAACUUUGGGUGCUUCCAGCAACGUAAACUGAGAGAACAUACAGCUUCAGUACAUAUAGGUAUACCUGUGUGCUUCUGUCCAGUGUGUGGGAAGGAGUUUCUCUCCUACUCUGGGUUGAACCGCCACAAGUACACCCAUCGGGACGAGGUGUACAAGUGUGAUGUUUGUGAGAAGGAGUACAAAAAUGCCAAGGAGAGAGACAGGCACCGGCGGUCACACGAGCAGAGGUACGUUUGUCCCAUAUGCGGGAAACGGUUUGGCAUGAAACACCACCUGAAGAGCCAUUACCGAUACAUGCACACUGAAGCCACUCCGAACAUCUAUCCUUCAUACAUGUACUCCAACACACAAGUAGAGGAAGAGUCAACAACCACCAUUCUAGAUGGAGGAGUUGAGAAGCCAAAGAGAGUAAAAAAGAGAAAGACAGAAGAUGACAAAGACUCGGUCAGACAAUCAUCUACUUGGUCAAAAGAGUAUCCCUCUAUGAUAAAUUUAGAGGGAAAAUCUCACUUUCCAACCAUGGAAGAGGUAGAACAUAACAACAGUGAAGAAUUAGAUACUACAGAGCCAGACUUGCAAGCAGGUAUAGAUAACUUCUCAGAGGAAGGUGAUCUGAAACUGAAGGACACUACGAGUGGGGAAGAGAGAAUAUCAGACCCUGGGAAGUGCAUUCCAAGUGAGGAGAGGAAAGGAAUUUUCAUGGACAUUUUCAAGUUGAUGGGUGGUUCUAAACUUGGGGAGCAGAAUGGUUUAGGUGAGAACCUGACUCAAGCUGACGGUAAUAACGGACAAAUGUUGUUAAGGCAAUACCAGCUGAGUAGAGAGAAUGCCGACGAGAAAAUGGAGACAGCAAGGGACAAAGAGAUGGCACCAGUGGAUCUGACUGUUAGCAGUAGUUCAGCAGUAUCUAUAGGUUCAUCUCAAGAAGUACACACCAUUGGCUUGUCAAGAAGGAAACUGUCAAACCGCUCAAAACUGGUCCUGUCCGGUACCUCGUCCUGCGAUGUCUGUGGCAAGAAGUUCCUGUCGUCUGCCGGACUGCAGCGUCACAGGCUUGUACACUCAGACCAGGAUAAUGUACGAAUGGUGGGGAGUGGGGGAACAGAUGACAAUGACAUUUAAAGUAAAAUAAAAGGGCUUUACAAAGGAAACAACUUCAAUAAACUAAAAGCAAUUGAUGCUAAUAUAAGAGAAGCAUUUCUUUUGAUUUAGCAUUUGUACAGCUAUGCACAAUUUUGCAAAUGAAUUGAAUGACACUCUGUGUCUACUAAUGCAGCUUGUAGAAAUUUUAGUGAUUAAAAUAC